CACAUGGAGAGGAUUCGGCGAAGCUCGAGUGUAGUGAAGUUCAUGGAGGCGAGGAAAUCUACGGUUGAUUUUAGAUCAUCGAGAGAGGCGAUUGACGGGAGGGUGGUAUUGGAUUAGGAAGAAAAAAUGAAGGCCGAUAACCCAAUAUAAAACCCCCACACUUUCCAGUUAUCCUCUUACCCACCAGAUAUAUCAUUUCUCCUCGUAGGCUCCCAGAGUGGGUGAGAAAAAAUGGCUUGCUCAGCUACUUCAACCACUGCAGCUCUCAUCUCCUCAAACCUCAGAGCUUUCUCCCCCAAAUCCAAGCCCUCCUCCCUAUCUCUUCCUCUCCCCAAUUCCUUCACCGGUCUCCGUGCUCCUCUCCUAUCUCGCGUUGCCCGCUCCGUUUCCCACUCCUGCGACUCCCAUUCUCGAAAGACUUUAGUCGUCAAAGCCAGCAGUGAGCUUCCACUGGUGGGAAAUACUGCUCCUGAUUUUGAGGCAGAGGCUGUCUUUGAUCAGGAGUUCAUUAAGGUCAAGCUCUCUGAAUUCAUUGGGAAGAAAUAUGUGAUUCUCUUCUUCUACCCAUUGGACUUUACAUUUGUUUGCCCCACAGAGAUUACUGCUUUCAGUGACCGCUAUGAAGAAUUUAAGAAGCUAAACACGGAAAUAUUAGGUGUUUCUAUUGACAGUGUGUUCUCUCACCUUGCCUGGGUUCAGACAGAUAGGAAGUCAGGUGGUCUUGGUGAUUUGAAGUAUCCAUUAAUAUCUGAUGUCACGAAGACAAUUUCCAAAUCGUAUGGAGUGCUGAUUCCUGAUCAGGGAAUUGCAUUGAGAGGGCUUUUCAUUAUAGAUAAGGAGGGAAUUAUCCAGCACUCUACUAUUAACAACCUUGCCAUUGGGAGGAGUGUUGAUGAAACAAUGAGGACUCUCCAGGCCUUGCAGUAUGUGCAGGAAAAUCCAGAUGAAGUUUGCCCAGCUGGGUGGAAGCCUGGAGAGAAAUCCAUGAAAUCAGACCCUAAGCUCAGCAAGGAGUACUUUGCAGCAAUUUGAGGGUAGCCAAGAGUCCAUUAGGAAUGUCUAAAUGAGUUUUGUUUUUAUGUAUCUGUUUCUGUUAUCAAUUGUGGAGCUUUGGACAGUAAUCGCUGGGGAAUAAUCAUGUUGGCAUUGGUCUUUUGCAUUUUUUUUUUUGGUACUUGAGGAUGUGAGGAAUGGAUAGUUAGAUUUUAUUAUAUUAUUGGACAGAUAAGGUUGACAAAAAAGAAAAAUUGCAGAGAGCCAUUACUGCUGGAAGGUUUUGAACCUCUGGUUGAUGAUCAUAUGACAUUGAGGGAAAGGGGAGAAAAUGAGUACUUCACUUUUCUUCAUUGUUCUUUCCCGGUUUGGCAAUGCUUGGAAAGAAUAAGAAAAGAAUCUUUUCUAGCGGAUUGAUGGUAAAUCAGUAGAUAUUUAAUUUCUAA